AUGUCGCGGCGCGAGUUUGGUGGUUCUUUAUUCAAUCAUGAGCUCUCGCUGAGGCACUCUCUUUUCGUCCAGAUUUGUUUGAGACUGGAACCGGCCUGGCGGCGCAAUGUUACCUACCCUGGGCAGGAUCACUUCGUCUUUCCUUGCCAGAGAUCGAUGGUUGAACGGUGA